GAAGAAAAAAGAAACAAACAAAACAUUAAAAGAGACAAAUGAAAAAAGGAAAAAGAAAAUUCGCUUUAUCUCUGAUCAAAAUGGCAGCCACGCUAAAACAAAUAAUAACAAGCGAAAAAUAGGAAGGAAAAAAAAAAUCAUGGUUGGCAGUGGAAGAGGAGAACCUUAUGGAUCAUAAAAUUGUGAUAAGAGAAAGUUGUAUUGAAAGUGAAUCUGAUGUAUGUGAAGCUGACACAAACAAAGAAGAAACAUUUCUAAUUACAGAAAGUUGUACAGGAGAUGAAUCUGGUUUAUGUGAACUCAACCUGAACCAAGAACCAUAUGAGGGUAUGCUAUUUGAAUCUGUACAAGCAGCAAAAGCUUUCUAUGAUGAAUAUGCUAGGCGGGUAGGAUUUUUGACACGAAUUAUUUCGUCCCGUAAGUCUGAGCUUGAUGGAUCAAUCAUCCAUCGUCGACUUGCAUGUAACAAAGAAGGUUUUAAUCUCAACAGACAAAAGAAUGGACGUGUUCAGAUUCGAAAGCGAGAGAGCAAACGAGAAGGAUGCAUGGCAAGGAUGAUAGUGAAGAGAGAGAAACCAGGGAGAUGGGUUAUCUCGAAAUUUGUGAAGGAGCAUACUCAUCCUCUAUUAAUUACUUCAGUAAACGGUCAACCAAAUCCUGAUGACAAAGAUAAGAAAAUCCAGGAAUUAUCUUCUGAGCUGGAUAAUGCAAACCAGGAGUUAAUGGCAUGUCGAGAACAACUAUGUGCAUUUAUGAACUACAUUGAGGAACACACUGAGCACCUGUCAAAAACAGUUGAAGGUGCAGUUCAAAAUAUCAGAGAGCUUGAAUGUAGAGAUAAUAGUUGUCAUUUGUAGCAUUCAUAAGUUUUCUACCCUUGAUAAUCUAUGAAAGGGUCGGUAAAUACCCACCACUGUAUUAUUUUUGUUGUAGAUCGCUAGAGACUCUACACCACUCCAUGUCCCAGGUUCUGUAAAUAAGUUGUAGCCUACUUUUUUCUUUUUUUUUUGUAACGGUAUUAUAAGAUUUGAUCUUAAGCAUUUUGUUUGUUCAAAAUGUAAGAGACCAUAGCCCUUGAGCUUUUCACAUUUGU